CAAAGCUUCCGUCGCAUAGGUUUUUAAAAAUUAUUAUUAAAGGGCUAAAUUGAAGACAAAUAUUUGAUACCUUCCAUAUUGCCAAUUUGCAAUUGCGAAAAUGUCCGUCCAGGAUGAACAAGGAAAUCCUCGUCGUUUGGCCAAAGAUAUUGGCUCUCUCUACUACUCCGAUCUGCUACCACUGGCCGGGGAUGGCGAGCCAGAGACGAGAGAGUUCCUCAACCGGAUGACGGAAAUCUUGAUGGAUUUUUUGCACAAGACGUUCGACCGAUCGAGCAAAAUCUUGGACUUUCACCACCCGGAGCAACUGUUGGAAAUUCUCGAUUUGACGCUGCCUAACCAGCCCAAGAAUAUUGACCAGCUGUUGGCCGACUGUCGCGACACUUUAACCUACCAAGUGAAAACAGGUCACCCGCGUUUUUUCAACCAACUAUCCAAUGGUGUUGACGUCAUUUCCAUGGCGGGCGAGUGGCUGACGGCCACGGCCAACACCAACAUGUUCACCUACGAGAUCUCGCCCGUUUUCAUCCUCAUGGAGCACAUGACGCUGAAAAAGAUGAGGGAAAUCAUCGGCUACAAAGGCGGCGACUCUAUUCUUGCACCUGGUGGAACUAUAUCCAACUUGUACGCCGUUCUGGCCGCUCGCUACCGCAAAUACCCACGAGUCAAAAGUGAAGGACUCCAGUCGCUGCCCGGUCCUCUGGCCAUGUUCACCUCAGAACACAGCCAUUUUUCGAUGAUGAGUGCGGCAGCUGCUUCUGGACUAGGCACUGAUAAUUGCAUUAGCGUUCCGUGCAACGAAAGGGGUCAAAUGAUUCCGGAAGAACUGGAACGUCUCGUCCUCAAGAGCAUCGCCGAUGGUAAAAUCCCGUUCCUAGUGACGGCCACGGCCGGUACCACCGUUUUCGGAGCUUUCGAUCCCAUCAAUCCGAUUGCCGACAUUUGCGAAAAACAUCACCUAUGGCUCCACAUUGAUGCUGCCUGGGGUGGAGGUCUGCUCAUGUCCGAGAAAUUCCGGUACAAAUUCGAGGGCAUUCAAAGAGCCGAUUCCGUCACCUGGAAUCCACACAAAAUGAUGAACGUUUUGCUUCAAUGUUCAACAGUUCAUUUCAAACAAAAUAGUUUGCUGUAUCACUGCAACAGGAUGUGUGCAGAUUACUUGUUCCAGCAAGACAAACAUUACGACGUCACCUAUGAUACUGGUGACAAAGUUAUUCAAUGCGGCCGUCAUAAUGAUAUUUUCAAAUUCUGGUUGCUCUGGAGAGCCAAGGGAACGGAAGGAUUUGCCAAGCAAAUGGAACGAUUCGUACAGCUAACUCAAUAUCUAGUCGAGGGACUUUUGCAGAGACCCGAACGAUUCCAGUUGAUCGUAGCCGAGCCGGAAUGCACUAACGUGUGUUUCUGGUACGUUCCGACACGAUUCCGCACCAUGGCUCCCGGUCCAGAGCGUGAUCGUCUCCUCGGACAGAUUACGCCGAUUCUCAAGGGAAGGAUGAUGUCCACUGGUACGCUUAUGGUCGGCUACCAACCCCAAGGGAAACUGCCCAACUUCUUCAGAUGCAUCAUAUCCAACCAGGCUGUCACCGAGGUGGACAUUGACUUUUUGGUGGAUGAGAUGGACCGUCUGGGCCAUGACCUCUAAAAAAGAACAUAGUUUUAUUAUCAGAAGUAGUUGCACGGUCUUAACUGUUUGUUGUGGUCAUUAUUGCACAUACUACUUGCAUGCAUUCUACACGUUACUACUGUCUAUGUUAACACAGCUGUUUUACGUCAGGCAUUGCUCCAUUUGAGUAUUUCUUAGUAAUCUCUGCACUGCACUUCCAAUUUGAAUUUCAGCACUCGUACACAACUCUGCACAAGCACUGCACAUUUCCUGUGUGAGAUUAUCUCAUGUCUCCACAUUUCCACUCCUUGUUACUGUCCAGCACAAGCACUCGUGCAAAGGUCAAGGUGUCCCGAAACUAGUCGUUUCAUCUGACCUUGCUAUCACGUAUAAUAGGAUAAUCUAUAUGUGUUGCGUGUAAUGCUAGAAUUCUUUUUCCUUUGCUACUCUGGGAACCCUUUCAUUCGAGAAAGUGGGCUUGACCUCGUUCUCGUCACGUUUCAUGGUCACAGUUAAGUUUAAUGCACAGUUGAUGCGUAAAACAGAAAUUUGACUUACUACAUACCGGAGUCGAUUGUUUCCUAUUUUUUUUUUGUUCCCAACUCUUUUUCUGUUGCAAGACCACGUUUUCGUUCAGAGUUCAUUCAAAGAUGAUUAUUGCCACUGCAUUCCAGAAGUGGCGCUAAAGACUUGUUGUACAACUUCUAAUUUAACUUUUUUUUUUAACAUUAAUAAUUAUGAUGUUACCUGUUCGCAUAGACUCUUAUGGUUUGUUAAAAUUUACACAUCAUAAUAACCAAGAAAGUGCACAACAUAUCACACAACUAUUGCACAAGUUGAAUUGUUUGAAUUUCUUGAUUUUUCUCGCUCAGCUGUGCUUGACAUGCAUUUUGUGUUCUUCUGUGUUUCUUUUACCUGCUGUGUGAUUCAUUGUAUCGUCGGGAAUGUUGACAACGAGACUCGUGCGCCGAUCACAUUAAGGAGCACGUGGACAGCAAAACCAAAGUCUUCCAAAACUGCAGUAUCUUUCACUCCCAUAUCAUCAUCCAGAUAUGUGGUUUGUUCUACUGUUUUCAUUGACGUUUUGUCCUGUCUCUUUGUGUCUAUUUUGUUUUCUCUUGUUCGCUAGUAAUAAUAUACACUGCGUUGUGUACGUGAACUUUACUAAAUAAUCCCAAUUACAUAUUCCCCAGCAACAACCCAAUACGUAUUUUCUGUGUCAACCCGACCCGUCGUUAACGUAUUAAUUUUCUGUUUCAUUGUAAUUUUAUUGUCGUUAACAUAUCGCCGUAACGUGUGAGCAGCAAUAAGACUUCUAAACAGGCCGUUCCGUAGAAGAAAUUAAAAACUAUACAAACGAGAAACGACUAAAUAUACUAAACAGGAAGCAA